CAGAGGCGCGCGCGCCCUGCCCGGGGAUCUACGCCGGCUCCUCUCCCCGAAGUCCGUGCAAGGUUCCAGUGAGCCGCCGCCUGCUUUACACAUGCACCGCAGCCGCCCGGCUGGAGAUUCUCAGCUCGCGCCGGUUCAGCUGCUUCCCGACGUCGUUCGCCAUGCACACCACCGGCACGACCAGCCAGGGAGAUGCGUCCGCUGCUGACAUCAUGGACAUAUGUGAAUCUAUCUUGGAAAGGAAACGACAUGACAGUGAGAGGUCUACAUGUAGUAUCUUGGAGCAGACAGACAUGGAAGCUGUUGAAGCUCUUGUUUGCAUGAGCUCCUGGGGUCAAAGAUCCCAGAAAAGUGACCUCUUGAAGAUAAGACCACUUACUCCAGUUUCUGAUUCAGGGGACUUUACCACCCUGCAUGGUGAAGCUGCCAUAUCUGAGUUACCAAAGGAUUUCCAUUCUCUUUCUACCUUGUGCAUGACUCCCCCUCACAGUCCCGAUCUUCUUGAACCAUCUGCUUCAUUGCUUCUUCCCUCCCAAGUCACCUCUUCCCAGACAAGGACAGGUCAAGCCAACACAUCGAUCUAUUCGGCUACCUCUGCAAAUACAACCUCUGUUUUGGUAGCCAAAUUGUCAAGGAUGAAGAUGGACUCAGGGCUGCCCAGUCAGAAGCCAGAGGUGCCAGAGCCAGCUUCUCUUCAGGCCUACAAAGCCAUGGUGACCAGCGUGAUCCGACACACUGGGGACAAUUCUGUUUCCUCUCACAUUCCUGCAACCCAAGGAGAAAUGGAAGGCGUUUCAGGCAACAGAAAUUCCAUAGGCCUGAAGGAAACUCACCACUCAGGAAUUUCUGAAGCUUUUCAGGCCUUGCACCUUGAAAGUGGUUUACACCAUGCUAAUUUAGUCCCCUAUCAGUCUCAUUUACAAAAUUCUGGUUCUUCUCUUCCUGAUAAAGGACCACAGGGAGUGUGGCCUAUCCCAACACAGACCUGCUCACCAAAGAAUUGUGACAGUGAUGCCCCAAGGAAAACUGCCUCUUAUAUUUCUGUCCCUGUUCCCGUCCACCCUCCCCCUGUCCUCUGCCAAAUGGUCCCUGUGACUGGUCAAAGUGGUGGAAUGGUUUCAGCUUUCCUGAAGCCCCCAUCCCAGACAAGCCCAGCACCCAUCAAGCCCAUUUUACCCCAGACUGCUCCCAUCUCUCAGCCAGUCCUCAUGGGAACGUCGGUGCCUCAAGGAGCUGUUAUGCUGGUUUUCCCCCAGGCGACUUUCCCACAGCCGGCAUCUUGCCAACCAAAUGUCAUGACUCUGGGGAACACCAAGUUACUCCCUCUUGCCCCUGCUCCCGUCUUCAUUACACCUAGUCAAAAUUGUGUCCCUUCAGUAGACUUUUCCAGAAGAAGAAACUAUGUUUGUAACUUCCCUGGAUGCCGGAAAACUUAUUUCAAAAGUUCCCACCUCAAGGCCCAUCUUCGUACUCACACUGGAGAGAAGCCUUUUAACUGCAGCUGGGUAGGUUGUGAUAAGAAAUUUGCUCGAUCAGAUGAACUUUCUCGACACCGCAGAACUCAUACAGGAGAGAAGAAAUUUGUGUGCCCUGUUUGUGCUCGACGCUUUAUGAGGAGUGAUCACCUGACAAAACAUGCCCGACGUCACAUGGCUGCCAAGAAGAUCCCAAACUGGCAAGCCGAAGUGGGCAAACUAAACAGAAUUGCUUCAUCAGAGAAACCUGGAAGCAGUGGUGUGUCUCUGAGCCCAUUAGCCCCACUGCCAUCAUGCUCUGCCUAAGGAAGGAAUCGUGCAGGGCAUGAGCUGCAUCUGAUGUUUUUUCAAAGCCUUUAUUCAGAACACUUACUGUAAUCACUAAAAUGCAGAAUUGACAUAAUGUCUUUUCUGGGUUUGGGGGGCAGUUCCUGAUGAAAGCAUGUUGUUAACUUUUUUUUUUUUAACUGAGGCCCUGUUCACAAUUACAGUUUUGUAAUUUAAGAAACUCUUGGGUUUGGUUUUUUUUGUGUUGUUUUGUUUUUUGUUUUUGUUUUUUGUGGGGCAAUGGGGGUUAAGUGACUUGCCCAGGGUCACACAGCUAGUAAGUGUCAAGUGUCUGAGGUACUCCUGAAUACAGGGCCGGUGCUUUAUCCACUGCGCCACCUAGCUGCCCCGUUGUUUUGUUUUUAAGGAAAGUGUUCAAAAAAUUGAUAAUCUGAAUCACCAGCAUUGAAAGAAAACAUCUUAGCUGUAAAGUUUACAAAAUCUUGACUCACUUAACCUUUGUAUUCAUAAUUUUUUUACAAAAUGUUACAGGGUACUAAUUUUUAUACUAGUGUUUUCUAUAAAGGUAUUUAUAUUGUAAUUACUUUACAAGCUGUUUUUUAUUAAUAAUGAAAAACAUUUUUUAUAAUUGUCCAGCUUGGUAAACUGGGAACAUCUUCCAGGCAAAAGAAAUCAUUAGUUGUGAUCAGUCCUCUGUAAGCCUAAGAAUUUUUAAGAUCCAUAAAUGAUUGACUGAGGGCCUUUUAAAGAAAAAAAAAUGCAUUUACCUUCUCAAAACAUUUCAAAAGUUUGUCUAGUCAUUUAAAGUAGAUACCCUAAGCCACAGAUAUGGCCUGGGGAUCCAAAAUGUCAGAGGACCAAGACCUGCCAGUUGCAUACAGUGAGGCCUGUAUGCUGCUGAGUAAGAAACUGCCUCCUCAUUUAAGUUUUCUUCAUUAAAGAUGGUUACCUUUAUAUUGAAGUUUGGAUGUUUGUGUUCACUCAUGCAAAGCAUUCCCACUCUCUUAUCUCACAGACCCCAAAGAUGUGAAACCACUAAUUUAAAUACUUUUUGAAUUGGAAUCUCUUGAUGGGUGGCCUUAGGAUUUUUAUUAUGUUCUAUGUAAAUUGACCUUUUCAAGUAAAUGGAAGUGGCCCAUUUACUGAUUUUUCCUUUUCACAAAAGUACUAUACUUUUUUUUUUUAACCCCAAUUGCCUCACUAAAAAAAAAAGUACUAUACUUUUAAAGUGAAACACGUUGUAAACUGGCCAUCUCUGGUUCUUUAAUUCCCUCACACAUCGACAAUAGAAAACAAUAUUGCAAACUCCAGUUUUAUAAAAAUAACUUACCAUAGCUUUUGUGACUGGCUUGGGAAAAUGAAAGUACUUUUUAGAAGCAACAGAGAAAAAUGUUUAUAAAUGGUAAGAUCUGAAGGAAAGGUAGAAGUUAAUUGGCUCUUUCCUUUGCAAUCCACUGCUACCAUUUGUUAAGGGUUUUUUUGGUUUUGUUUUGUUUUUUUUAAUGUUUCCCAGACCCUGAAAGAAUUCUGGUUUGUCCAUCAAGGCAUAAAAAUUCUUUUUUGUUAAGUAUUGCACUGUAGUUCUAGCCAAUUAGACAGUAGGGAUUUCAUUGUAUGUUGCACUACUACUAUUAAUUUAGAAAGCUUAUUAUGUAUUUACAUUUUUACAUAUGAACAUAGUUAUUGGCAGUUUACCUUUAUAAAAAUUAUGGUAAAUAGAAAUAUUGAAUUUGGUGUUAUAAAGUUUUGUGCCUAGCUUAUUUGAUGUUGAGGCCCUUAUUCAAUGAUACUGAAAUAUUCCAACCCCAUCCACAACCUUCUCACUAUCUCUAGUGAUCUUUAUGCUACCUAAUGUCACUAUAUUAACCUGUAUGUAAGUUAAUGUGUUUGGAAUUCACCUAUUAGAUUGUAGAGGUUUUGAUACAGAUGUAAAAGUAACAAUUUCAUAUGUAUGUUUUAUGUUUUUUACUUUUCCUCCCCUAACUUUUCACUCCCAAAUCUACUUAUAGUAGCACUGUCACCAUCCAGAAUUUUAAAAUUGUAUAUACUCUGUAGAGCCCCCAAUUUGUGUAUUUUUCCCAAGGGACUUACAAAAUUAUGAGUCUUACUGUUAGUACCCUGGAAUAUGGAUGGAUUCAAGGGAAUUGGUCAUUGAGUGGUUGGGAUUUUCAGAUUGUUUCAUUUCCCUGAGAAAGAGGACUUAAUGAUUGAUUCUUUAAAACAUAAACACCAAUUUUAUUUGUACUGAAAAUAUUUUUUUAAAUGUAUGCUUCCAUUCUUGAAUUAGCCUAGAAAAGCUAUAGAAAUAUCCUUAGCAAAAACCAUUUGGUCCUCUUACUUAUUUUGUCCCUUUUUGAGUAUAUAAGGUUGGGAAGCAAGUCCCUUUAUGAAGAGAAGUUAACUCAUGAACCAGAACUUUUGUUAUUUUUUUUCUAGGUUCAGAAGCCUCCAUCUGAAAUCUUUGGGUAUUAUGGAUUGAGAAUGAUGAGGCAAAUUUUUCCUGUGCACUUUAUCGCCUGAGUAAUUUCUCUUGAUUUAUUUUGAGCCUUUUUUUAAGUUCCAAGAAUAAAAUUUUAAAUGUUUCAUAAUUUUUUUAUAACAGAUUUUUUCAAGCUAUUAUUUAAUGAAACUGUAAUAUAACUUUUUCCUUCAAAUCAUAUAAAACUUUUGAAUUGUAAGUUGUGUUUUCUUUUUAUUGUAUAUAACUAGUAUUUUGCAUUGAGUAAAUGUCAUAAGAAUCUUCAAAGGCCUCUGUGACUUGGAAUCCCAACUUUGGCCCUUCACAAAAA